AUGGCUGAGAUAUCAAAACAAUGCUGUCGUAAAGUAAAAAAUAAAUUGAUGCCGAUACGGUUCGAAGGUCCACUUGACUUACCCCUUCAUAUUAUUGAAAUGAAGACUGGCGUUGAACCUGCAAUAUCUUUUGUUGUUCUGAUUGGUUUUAUUUCUAUCUAUUUGAUCUUCGGUUGGUGCAACGAUUUUGUUUGUAACUUCAUCGGACUAAUUUAUCCAGUAUAUGCAUCGCAAGAUCGAAUUUUUGUCUUUGAAUCCGACGCGAAUGUCAUCAGUACAUUCUGGAUAGGUUAG